CAAGUCGUAUAUUUUAAACAAUUCUAAUUUUUUCAAAUUACCAAAAUAUUUAUUUAUAACAUAUGUAUUAUGGAUUCAUUUAAUUAUCAUAUAAAAUAAAUUUAUAGUUUUAAGCAGUUUAUACCUAUUUAGAAUUUUUUGUAGAAUCCAAGAAAUCUUUUUUAUAAAAUAUUUUAUAUUAUAACUCAAAUAAAAACAGCAUGUAAUAAAAAAAAGAUAAUAAUAAUAUAACUUUGACUUAUUUAAAGUUAUCAGUUGGGUAGAAGUGUAGGUCAUGCCUCCCUUAAUUUAUGCCUAAUUUUAAGCUAUCUGUUGUUUUAUGUCAAUGUUUUUGAUAUUGUAAAUAAUAAAUAACUUUCCAAAAUAUUUCCCUCAUUUCAUUUCAAUUCGAGUGAAAUAUUUUUUCAGUCUAUAUGUUCACAAUAUAGUAGGGACUUGGGAUAACUGAUUCAGAUCAACCUUUAUGAAUAUUUACUAGUGGCAGUUAUUAUAGGGGGUACCACCCCUAACCAAGAAUGCUGACUCAAAAAUUUUAUUAUAAGUCAUAUAUAUUUACUCUUUUUAGAUGAUUUUAUACGUCAAUUUUUUGUCUAUUUUUAAGAAAUUUUUAUUUUAUUUUAAUGUACUGACUAAAAAAAUAUUAAUAAAAAAAAAAUCACGAUUCCAAAAAUAAUUCGUUAACUUCCCUCCCCACACAAAAAUUUCUAUGACUGAUACCGAGACAAAACUUUAAAUUUGGCUUACUUAAAGAGACAUUUUAAACAAUUUGUUAAAUUUUGAUUAUAAUUCUCAAGCUAUUACUUAAUGAUGUUAGAAUCAUUAUUGAUAUAAUGAACAUAAAUUAUUCUAAAAGUACUUAUAUUUAUGCUUUACAUUAAGUAAAUCCGUACAGUUUAAAGAGUUUCGUAAUGUAACGAAGUGUAAGCGGGUCACACUUAAAUUUUUGUAAGAUUCGAUGAACAAUAUAAAAACUUACUAUUUUAGAUGGGUCACUAUAUCCACUGUAGUCGUUAAUUUGUCACUAUAAAAGCUACUGUUGACAAUCUUAAAUUGUCGAAUCAAAUUAUAGGGGUAUACAUUUAAUAAUUAAAUAGUUAAUAACACCGCAAUUAUAUUAUAUUAUAAAAUGAGUUUAAAACUACAUGAUAAUUCGUAUGCUAAUUCAUUUGGAAACAUCAAGGAAGAAAAUAUUGAAGAUUUAUAUGUGAAAGAAUGGUAUAAACGAUAUAAAAUGAAGCUUCAUCAUAAGCAAUAUCUAACUACUGAUUUUUUAAUUUACAAUUCGUUUUCGUCAGAAUUAGUUAAAUUUGUUUUUGAAAUUUGUUCACGUUUCGGUGUAAAUAGACGAAUUAAAUAUAUGUGUUUGGAAUUGUUUGAUCUGUAUUUGAAUAAAAUAUUUUUUUAUAAAUACAAAAAAAUCAAGAAAUGCGAGAAAAAUUGGAAUGAAUUUUUAAAACAAAGUAAAAAUCAAUCCUCUCUAAGAGUAUUAUCAUGUAUACAAUUAGUACUGAAAUUUAUGCAUAGAUUUACGAAUUUAAAAUUAAUUGAGAUGAAAAAUAUGUUACACCAGUUUGGACAAAUGCACACAAUAAAUGAUAUUAUUUCCUCAGAAGUUUAUGUUUUUCAUACAAUAGAAUAUAAGUUAAAUGAACCAUCAAUGUACACAUUUGUUGAGUAUUUUAUCAUAAUAUGUGGUUAUGACAACGAAAAUGAACUAUUAACACUUUGUUCAGUUAUAAGUGAUUUUGUUUAUAUUUAUUAUCAAAGUAUUUGUGAUAGUUUAUUGCAUAAAAAAGGACAACAGGAAUUUUCUUGUAAUAAGAAAGUACAAAUUUUGUUUGGUGAAUUCCAAAAAACAAGUAUAGCUGCUUCAAUAAUAAUAACUAGUGCAUACUUGCUUAACUACAGAGAUGAAACAAUUAAAUUAACAAUUGUAGAAUUAGCAAAAGAAUGUAAUAGAUCAUCAAAUGAUUUGAGUUUGUUAAGUUUCGCUAUAAUAAAUGUUAUUAAAAAUAAAAUAUUUCAAUGUUAAAAUAUUAAAAUAUCUAAUCUUAAAUGCAUUAAGAUUAAAUUUUAAAUAUUUUGUUUCUCAAUUACAAGUAUUUUAAAUAAAAUUUUAGAUUUUUUUGUUA